AUGUCUCUCGCUUUCCUCGUCGCUUUCCUUUCCGUAACGAUAUCCGCGUCGACGCCGACGAUACAAAAUUUAGUAAACGUCGAGGUGAUAGAAUAUUUGCAGAAAUAUGGUUACCUGAACGAGGUGGACGUAACCACUCACACGUCGAUCGAAGAUGAAAAAAUUAAACAGGCUAUCGCAUUAUUCCAAGAAUACUAUCAAAUACCAGGUAACGGUGCGUUGAACGAUAAUACAUUACAUCAAAUGCGACAACCGCGAUGCGGGUUACCGGAUAUGUCACACCAGGAACAAAAUAGUGUUGUAGCGAAAUGGAGAAAAACGCAUCUUACGUGGAACUUCCACUUGGCAGACGCAGAUACAUUGAAAACUACGGCACACGCAUGGCUUCUUCGUAUGGGAAGCGAACACAUCUCUAACAUUUGA